AUGUCAACCGCGCUCCCGCGUCCGUCGCCGUUGUCGAACGCGCCGUUAGCGACGACGACGAUCGUCGUCGUGAUGUUCGUCGCGCUCGCGUCGCGCGUCGCGAUCGGUGCGAACGAUUUCGUGGGCGUGUGCGCGGUGCCGAAGAUUGCGUUCCACUGGACGGCGUAUUACCGCGUGUACACGUCGAUAUUCACCCACGGGAACCUGCCGCACGUGAUUUUUAACGCCCUGGCGUUCGUCUCGACGGGUGGAAACUUGGAACGAAGCGUCGGGACGUUUCACUUCGCGUGGUUAUUCGUGACGUUCGCGCACGUGGCGUAUUUCGCGAGCGCGGCGUUGGCGUGGGGGUUGUACUUCGGCUUGGGGUACACGCAAGGGAUCUUGACGUGCGCGGUGGGGAUGUCUGGGGUGAUAUUCGCGUUGAUCGUGUGUGAGACGAAUUACACGGACGUCGGUCGAAGGAGCGUGUUCGGGUUGUUCGACGUCGCGAGCGAGUGGUACCCGUUAGCUUUGCUCGUCCUCAUACAGUUGAUGAUACCAGGGGUAUCCUUCUUGGGGCACGCCGGGGGGGUGGUGUGCGGAUGGAUGUACGUCAAGGGGUAUCUGAACUUUUUGUUGCUCCGAGACGCGCACGCGGAGAGAUUGGAGGCGUCGGCGAUACUAGCGCCAGUGCGCGCGUUGUCGUCGUUCGUCUCGGCGAACGCCGAGCGAGGCGCACGCUCAAACAGAGAUGCCACAGCGAGGGCGUUUCCCGGGUUCACGUCUCCUCGCACGUGGGAGCUCCCCGUGCACAGGAGUGGGACGGGGACGGAGACGCACGGCGCGUUCACGGGCAAGGGUAGAAAAUUAGGAGGCGACGGGUCGACCACUGGCGAAAUGGCCGCACUGGUCAAGGUGGAUCAACGUGCGCUGGACACUUUGGUACAAAUGGGCUUCCCUGAGCACGCCGCGACGAGGGCUUUGCAAGCUGCUGACGGAGACAAAGCGCGUGCGAUCGAAAUCCUCUCGGACGAAGCAGUAAUAGCGGUUGAUAGCAGCGAGGAGGCGUUGUAG